AUGUCUGAUAAGCAGAAAAUUCAAACAUUAAACUUCAUCUCUCAUGAUCCAGCGAUCCCAUUGAGUUUCCGAACCUGGCAAUUAUAUGAGUACCCACUGCUACCAAAAACUACCAAGCAUGUUUGGCCAAUUAAGACUUCUACUCAGCUGGAAAAACCACGAUACGUAAUUUUAGGAUUUCAAACCGCAAGAAAAAACGUUGCAACAAAAGAUGCAAGCAAAUUCGAUCAUUGUAAUAUUAAAGAUGUGAAGCUAUUUCUGAAUUCUCAGAGUUAUCCUUAUGGAAAUUUAAAUCUCAACAUAAGUAGAAAUCAGUAUGCAUUAAUAUAUGAUAUGUUUACUUAUUUUCAAGUGUCAUACUAUAAUAAAGAUCCAGAGCCUCUAUUAACGAAAGCUAAAUUUUUAACUGACGCACCACUCUACAUUAUAGAUUGCUCAAAGCAAAAUGAAUCAAUCAAGUCUGGACCUGUUGAUAUACGAAUUGAGUUUGAAUCGGAAAAUCAGUUUCCUGAUAGUACAGCUGCAUACUGUCUAAUAUUACAUGAUCGUAUUAUUGAAUAUAAUCCUAUAAGUAGUAAUGUAAGGAAAAUAACAUAA